GAUAUAGAAACAUAAAUAUAGUUUAACUGUCUUUAUCUAAGACAACACCAUCUGUGUCUUGUACUGUCUGUUAUGCUUUUGUUCUUUUCUCAUUCUUCUUCUUUAUUAUACAACACCACCCAUACCUUUCCCAUUUCUCUAUACUCCAUUUUCUCACACAUACACACAAAAACUGUCUCUGAAAUGAUUCCCAAGUUCAGUGGUGGCGUUGACGACGGUGGAACUGGCCGUGGAGCUACACCAAUCUGAAUUUCCACCACCACCCACUUUCUAAAACUCUAAAAAAAUCAAAUCUUUGAACCACCCUUCUUUCAUUUUGUUAUGUUAUUAUGUUCCUUUUUUUGUGUUUAAAAUCAUGGGGUUUCUUGGUUUUCUAGCUUGGCUCUAUAAACUCUAAUAGUAACUUCUAUGGGACCAACCAACCUUCUUGGUGGUCCAAAUGGUUCAAAAGAAAUUAUCUGGUUUUGACUUUUUGCUGUGAAUCGAGGAACAGAAAGUUUAUGUUUUGAUUUGUUUUCUGGUGAUAUUCUUGAUUUCGACUACGAAAAUUUAUUGAUUUUGGAUAUCAACCAAUUCUCCUUAUAUCAGGUAGAUCUGGUAGAGUGUUUGGCUUCACCGCGGGGCAAAUCUCCUUUGGCAAUAUAGCUUCCGAGUCUCUCGAUCUCGGAAGAGGCAAAUUUAUUAGCUACUAUCUGGAAACUACUUAUGUUUGAAGAUUCUUCGGUGUCGGGCAAAUCUCCUUUGGCAAAAGUUACUUAAUUUUCUUUGUCUUGAUUCUUACUAGUUUUGCAACCUUUUCUUUCUGUGAAAUUUCCAGUGCAAACUGGGCAAAUCUCCUUUGGCAUUUCGGAGUCGUAAUAGACUCCAAUUAUCCCUGUUGGGCAAAUCUUCUUUGGCAUUAAAGUUCCGGUUUCAGUGAUCAAAAGAAACUGGUUUAGUAUCUGUAACAAGUAUCGGUAUCGAUCAGACGCAUCUUGUUUUGUAUACAAAAUACCCUCUUAAGUCAAUAUUGACUCUUCUGUUGUGGAUUGCAAUACGAACCGACAUCGGUGCUUAAUGCUUCUAUUUGCUUGAAAAGACAUCAGACAUAUAGUUGAUGGAAGCUCAAAUGACUGAUUCGGACUGGGAGACUUCGAGCGAGAGCAGUAGCAGUGACGAUCAAGAGGAUAUUGAUUAUCUAUAUGGUGGCCAGGCUCAGAGCAUAUUGUCUAGUUUAGAGGAAAGCAUCGGGAAGAUCGAUGAUUUUCUCUCGUUUGAGAGGACAUUUGGUUAUGGAGAUGUCGUCCGUUCCUUGUCAGACACUUCUGGACAGACGGGGAGGGUCGUUGGUGUUGACGUGACGGUGGAUUUGGAAAAUGUUCGAGGAAACAUAUUAAGAAACGUGAACUCCAAGAAACUUCUGAAGAUUCGUUCCAUUUCGGAAGGUGAUUAUGUGGUUAAAGGGCCGUGGCUUGGUCAGGUUCGGAGGGUAGUGGACAGAUUAACUGUAUUGUUUGACGAUGGGACGAAAUACGAUAUCACUACCUUUGAAAAAGAUAAGAUUUUACCACAAACACCUAAUUUUCUUGAAGAUUCGCAGUAUCCGUACUAUCCAGGACAGAGAGUGAAAGUUAAGUCCUUGACCGGUUCUAAAUCGGCCAGAUGGCUAUGUGACAACUGGAGAGACAACCAUGAUGAAGGAACUGUUUGUUCUGUGGAAGCAGGUUUGGUGUAUGUUAAUUGGGCUAUGUCAAUUCUUCUGGGUUCUAAUUCGAAUGAGAAUUCUCCUGCGUGCUGGCAAGAUUCCAAAAACUUGACCAUGCUGUCGUGUUUUUCGCACGCAAACUGGCAACUCGGUGACUGGUGCAUGCUUCCUGUUGAAGACCAAAAGGAACAAAUCGAAAAGAUGAUUCGAGAUUCGCCUGAUGGUUAUCUUCCUAAUAAGCAUAGUACGGCUAGAGAAUAUAGGAGAAGAAACCUUAACUCUAGCAUGGAAGAAUUGUUUAUUAUUGGUAAGAUAAAGACCAAAGUCGAUAUUAUUUGGCAAAACGGCGAAGUUACUUUGGGGUCAGAUUCACAGAACUUAAUCCCCGUUAAUGUCAUAAACACUCAUGAGUUUUGGCCUCAUCAGUUUGUGAUGGAAAAAGGUACUUCUGAUGACGAUGAUGAUAAGGCUAGCAAUCAAAGAUGGGGUGUUGUUCUAUCGGUCGAUGCAAAAGAGCAUACCGUAAACGUGCAAUGGAGAACAGUUGCGACAUCCAAGCCAGAUGAUUUGGCAGGAGAGCCAACAUUGGAAACUGUGAGUGCGUACGAACUUGUAGAACACCCGGAUUUUUCCUGUUGUUUUGGUGAUAUUGUGUUCAAGACCGCUCAAAAGCACGUUGGUGGUUAUCGAGCUGAGAAAAAUAAUGCAAAUUCAAUGAGUGACUUGAAUGUGGAAGUUCCUCUCAUAAAACUGAAUCAAAUCAACUACCAGAGUAAGCCUAAAGAUAACUGUCACCUGUCCCAUAUCGGCAAUGUUUCUGGAUUCAAAGAUGGCCAUGUCGAGGUGAAAUGGGCUACUGGUUUAACAACUAAGGUUGCACCUUAUGAAAUUUUUCGGAUUGAUAAGCACGAAGGUUCAACUGCAACUCCUGUCUCUUAUGAAACAAAUGUUGUCGACUCGACUCAAGAGAUUAUUGAUCAUGGAAGUCUAUCUUCUGACCAAAAGGGAAAGGGCUUGUUAGAUUGUAAUGGUGAUAAGCAUCCAGGAGAGAGUAGUUCCUUUUCCAUUCCUCAAGCCGCCUUUGAACUUUUCUCCAGCAUUAAAGCCGGCGUAUUUCAAAAACUUGGCUUGACAUCAUUUUAUGGAGCUGUUUCCACAGUUCCAACAUUUGGAGAGGGAAAUGCGCCCGAUUUUGUUGGCAAGAAAGAUUCGGAAACUUGUAGCUCUGACACUAACUCACAUACUGCGAGCUCGUUGCAGUAUGCUGAAGACUCGACUCCGUAUUGUGAAGUUUAUAGGGUUCAUGAGACGAGCAAUGUUGCAGUUUCUUUGAACAGAAACUGUUCAGAUCAGUUGAAACAGUUCGACGUGAUCCAUACUUGCUCAGAUCACCACUUUUUCAACGAGGGAAAAGGGCUGCCAUUAUCUCAGGUUAAGAAAGAUUGGGCGAAAAAGGUGCAGCAAGAAUGGAGCAUCCUGGAGAAAAAUCUUCCUGAAACUAUUUACGUACGUGUUUUCGAAGAAAGAAUGGAUCUCAUGCGAGCAGUCAUCGUUGGUGCGUCAGGGACACCUUAUCACGACGGCUUGUUUUUCUUCGACGUAUGUUUCCCUCCCGAGUAUCCCAGUGAACCACCGAUGGUGCACUAUAUUUCGGGCGGGUUACGAAUAAAUCCUAAUUUGUAUGAGUCAGGGAAAGUGUGUUUGAGUCUCCUAAACACGUGGAGUGGUACUGCAGCCGAAGUGUGGAGCCCCGGAUCAUCCACGGUUCUUCAAGUCCUUCUCUCUCUGCAAGCUCUUGUCCUUAACGAGAAGCCUUACUUCAACGAGGCUGGAUACGACCAACAAAUCGGCAGAGCCGAAGGAGAGAAAAACUCGGUGAGUUACAACGAGAAUGCUUUCCUCCUCACCUCCAAAUCCAUGCUGUAUCUAUUACGAAACCCACCGAAGCAUUUCGAGGCAUUGGUGGAAGAACACUUCCGACAACGUGCCGAACAUAUACUUUUUGCUUGUAAAGCAUAUCUUGAAGGAGCUUCUAUUGGAGGUGAAAAGAAUGAGCAUGAAAACCAGAAGGGAACUUCUGCAGGAUUUAAGAUUAUGCUUGCUAAACUCUUUCCUAAGCUUGUAGAGGCGUUUUCUGGUAAGGGAAUUGAUUGCUCCCAGUUUGUUGACAUGGAAAAGUAAAAGCUUAACAAAGUUGAGUUAGUUUUAUGUGUAAUAUUAAUUUGUUUUCAUAUGUUUGUGUAAUAUAUCAAGUUAUGCUUGAAGAAUAAAAAACACUUGUAGUAUGUGUUGUGUAUCAUAUGGCUUGCAUAUGUGAAAAUAUAUGAUGAAUAAAAACAGUUUGUUAUGUGAA